AUGCUGGAUGCUGUUUCUUGUGUGGCUCUGGCUGGAGUUUGUGCGGAGUACCUGCAAUUCGGGGUUGCAGAGGGUGGCAUUUCUGACAUUCAACAGUUUGCUCGCUCGCGCGCCACGGACCGAGCUGCUCCAGCCGCGCCGAGAUCUCACCCGAUACAAGCUGCUCCGUUUCCCGCUUCUGGCUCCGACGGUGCGGAAGGGGGAGAUGCGUGGGCGCGCGGGUUCUUUCCGCCGCGCGUGGUGCAGGUUCUCGACGUGUUGACGCAGGAGAGCGGGGCGGAUCGGCGCGGGGAGGAUCGGCGCGGGAUAGUCGUGGAUAAGUGGCGAAAGGAUGGGGGGAAGGAUGGGGGGGGAGAUGGGGGGAGGGAUGGGGGGAAAGGUGGCGGAAGGGAUGGGGGGAGUGGGCGGGUGGCGGAACGGCUGGAGCGCCUGGGACUGACGCUGACGGGGAGGGACGUGGCGACGGUGCUGCGAGAAUCGGCGGACUGGCGCAUGACCGUGGCGUUCUUUGAUUGGGCGAGGAAACAGGUAUGGUGUGUUGCAAGCAGGUUCAGUGCGGUGCAAGCAGACUCACCCCUCUCCCUAUCCCCCUCUGAAUCGAUCGCUCAGGACUUCCAUCGAAACCCAGUCAUCCCUUUCCUUGGCCCCUUCUCCUCCCCGCACGCUUUCUUGCUUUCCUUUCAGGAGUCCUUUCGGCCAAGCACGUACGUCUACAAUCUGGUGCUGGCGGCGAUGGGGAAGGGGCGGCAGUGUUCCCUUGCUGCCCGUGGGAUUGAUUUGUUUCGCCCAAGCACGUACGUCUACAAUCUGGUGCUGGCGGCGCUGGGGAAGGGGCGGCAGUGGGGGCGAAUGAAGGAGCUUCUAACGGAGAUGACUCAAAAGGGGGUGGAGCUGGAUAACGUCACUUAUUCUACGAUUAUCAGCUCUGCUACACGAGCGGACCAGCACGAGUUGGUGCUGCAUUGGCUGCAACAAAUGGCAGAGAGCGAGUGCAUGCCGGAUCAGGUCUCCUACGCCACAGUCAUGCACGCCCUGGGGCGCGCAGGCAGGCCGGGGGACGCCGUGCGGCUGUUUGAGCGCAUGAGAGCCACAGGCUGGCGCCCUGACGCUGUCACCUAUGCCACCAUCAUCACUUUAUCACCGCGUUUCACUCCCCUCGUGCCCUCCUUUUCUCCCCAUGCACGCAGGGCGGAUCAGCAUGAUUUGGUGCUGAAAUGGCUCGAGCAGAUGGCCGAAAGCGAGUGCAUGCCGGAUCAGGUUUCUUAUGCAACAGUAAUGCACGCCUUGGGGCGGGCUGGCAGGCUGGGGGACGCCGUGCGGCUGUUUGAGCGCAUGAGAGCCACAGGGUGGCGCCCUGACGCUGUCACCUACGCCACUAUCAUUACUGCUUUUGGAGAGGCUGGGGGGCCGCAGGAGGCAUAUGAUUUGUGGAAAGAGAUGAAGCGGGUGGAUGAGGGGAUGGGGGUGAGAGGGGCUGGUGUGUGGAAGAGGGGUGGGGGAGAGAGUGGUGGGGAGGAGGAGGGGGUUGGGGUGGGAGGCGAAGGGGUUGUUUCUGGGAGGGAGAAGUCAGGUUUGUCAUCAGAAGCUGUGAAAGAAGCAGCCGAGGAGGCAGCAGUUGAAGGAGCAACAAAGGCAGCAGCGCCUGGAGCAGGAGCAGCAGUGCCAGCAUCAGCAACAACAGCACCACCAGCAUCGCCAGCAGCAGCCGCAGCAGCAGCACCAGCAGCAGCAGCUCCUGCUUUCGCACGGUUGGUAACCCCAGGAGUGUACCACGCAACCCUAAACGUACUCGCCAAGGCAUGGCGCGACCAGCAGGCAGAAAUCGUCUUUCGAACUAUGCAGCAGGACGCGCACGUGCCUGUGACUACAGAGGCUGUGACUAUAAUGAUGGCGCUUUACACGGAGAAGGGCGAGGUGGAUAAGGCUUUAGCGCUCGCGGAGGAGAUGCGGGAGGUUUAUCUCGCUGGCGAGGGAGCUUAUAACGAGGACGGGAGCAGGGCUUAUAACGAGGACGGGAGCAGGGCUUAUAACGAGGAUGGGAAGGCAGCCGGGACUGGGAGGAGCGCGAGAGACGGGCCGUUUCGGCCCGACGCGACGUUUUACAGCGUUAUUCUGCAGGCGUGUCGGGAGUGCGGAUUGGUGGAGGAAGCAAGGAGGGCGUAUGGAGGUAUGAAGAGGGAUGGGGUGGUGCUUACUGAGAACAGCGUGAGGCAGCUGGCAGGUCUGUUUGCUGAGAAGGGCAGGCGGGGAGGGGAGGGGGGAGAGGCCGGGAAUGCUGGGUCGGCUGUAGCAGGGACGCCUGUAGCGGGGACGGCUGUAGCAGGGAUGGCUGUUGCAGGACUGGCUGGCAUGGAUCCGGCUGUAGCAGAGGUGGAGGCGUUACUAGCAGAUGCAAGAGCAGCCGGGAUUUACCUUGGCGGCCGUAGCAGCAGCGGCGUCCGAAGCAGGGGACCAGGUUCGGAGGAGUAUCUUGGUUUGGGUGUGGAUCUGAGUGGGUUAAGUGCGGUGCCUACUACCAAGGCCCCUGCCGUUCCUUCAGCUUCUGAAUCUCCUUCAGAGGUAUCGUCAACCACCCCCACAUCAGCCACAGCAGCAGCACCACCAGCAGCAGAAGCAGAAGCAGAAGCAGCGGCAGCAGAAGUAUCAGAAGCAAGGACAGGAGUGGCUGUAUACACGGCAAUCAUCCACGGGUUUGGCAAGGGGGGCCGCUUCGACCUCUCAGCACUCUACUUCAAGAAAAUGCUCGCGGCAGGAAUUGAACCCGACACCUAUGUGGCCAUUGUCUUCCUUGACCUGCUGGGUUUCACCUCCCCUAAAAAUAUUCUGGAGGUGCCCGAAAUAGAUUUCGACAAAGAAACGAGCACUGAGAGUGUGAUGAUCGAUGCUCCUGUGCGGGCAAGGCAGGGGAUGGUAGCUGCGAGGAAGCUUCUUCUGGGCUGCUUGAAAGAGGUUGACCCGCACAUUCAUGAGUUGGUGGUGGUGGGGUUGGGGGAGGCACUGGAAACGGAGGUUGACGUUGAGGAAGGGGGAAGCGGAGCCGUGGAAGAAGGGAAGGCAGUGGCAGGAGCGGCAGCAGGGUCGGUGGCAGCAGCAGCAGGGGGAGCAGCAGACGACACACAAUCAGCAGCAAAAUCACCAGCAACAGAGCAAACCACAGACCCCACUACUCUCUUCACCACCCUGCUAGACCGCACCGUAGCAGGCGUGCAUCGCAGGGACCAGAAGCCCCUCUGCAACAAUCUCCUCUCUCUGCUCUUCCUUUUCAACCGCCGCGAGCUCUCCGUCGCCGUCCUUAAAGCCAUGGUCAGCACGCGUCAGAUCGCACGGCUGUUCUCGCGUGACUGGCCGCACUGGACGCUGCAUCUCUCGGGGUUGUCCUAUCACGGCGCACAGGUGGCGCUGCGCUAUUGGCUGGAGCUGGUCGCAGGGGCGGUGGAGGCGGGAAAGCGGUUACCGCGUGAAAUGGAGAUUGAGGUUGGGGUGGGGAGGUCUAGAAAGAGGCAUUUGAGAGGCGCGGUGGUUCCGGAGCUGGCUAGGCUCGGGUCGCCGUUCCAGAGCGAUGAGGAUCGGCCGAGGCUGGUGGUGGCGAAGGGUGCUGAGGUGGCAGCUUGGGUUAAGAAAACGCCUGAGUUGUGGAGUGGGAGGAGUGGGGUUGGGGGAAAGGGUGUGGGAGGAAGUGGGAGUGGGGAUGGGGAGGAGGGAAGGGUGGUAAGAGGGAGAUGGGAGAGGAGUGAGGGAGAGGGGUUGAAGAAAGCAAGUCUUGGGGUAGAUGGUAAGGAGAGUCAUUCUAAGGGGGUUGACAGUAACGAGGCUGAAGGUAGGGUGAGUGCUGAUUUGACAGCUGCAGAGGCUGUAGCAGUGGUGGGUAGUUUGAAGAAUGAGGAGAAGGAAGGGGUCAGGAGUGUUAAUGAUGAGGGGGAGAAGGAAUUGGAGUCAGGUCUUGCUAGCAGUAGUGCUGCUGCUGCUGCUGCUGCUGCUCUUCCUGGUACCAGUGCUGCUGGUGCUGCAGCUGGCAGUACUGCGGACGGCAUUGAUUCUGAUGACACUGUUCAUUCCACUGGGAGUUUCGGUUCUGGUGGGUCUGACGCAACGCCUAUUGCGGCGGGAAAGUCGGGGAGUGUGGGGGAGGAAGAAAAUGCGGAGCCUAUUGGCGAGGUAUUGAAGAAGGAAGGGUUUAAGGCGUAUCAGAUUGCGGGGGGGACGUGGGUGAAGGAGUGUCUAUGCUACUAUCCGGGCGGCUACAAACGCAGACAAGUCAUGGACAUGGGCGAGUACGCGUUAAUAGCAGGCGCGAGAAGGUUCAGGGAGGAACGGGAGAAGAAGCAGAAGCAGAUGCUGGGGGUCCACAAGGAUGAGCUCUACAUUGAACAGCCGCCCGGGAGCGGCGGCGCCGACGGCGGCGGUGGCGGAGGUGGCGUGGGAGGAGGGGACACGCGGGGAACAGCGGCGUACUCUAUCGGAUUGUCAUACGGCCCUCCGAGCUAUUUCCCGUCCGACCCUGCGGCGGUCCUUGCUUCGGCAGGCGUUCCGGACCACAUCGCGAGCAUCGGUCGCCAUGGCACGGGGUCGAGCCUCACCGAGUCAAGUGGCGAGGACACCGAGUCGCAGUCGCAGCUGCUGCCCGAGGGGCAGAUCAGGAUAUCGCUCCAGGUGCUGCCACUGCCGCUUAUGCCGCCCGUGCUGCCGCCCAGGCUGCCGCCCAAGGGGCAGCUCAGAAUAUCGCUCAAGUCAACGUUGGGUACAUGCCAGCCCAUGUGUAUCAUGCAGCAACAGCAACAGCAGGGGCAGGAGCAGGAGGAGGAGGAGGAGACGAAGCAGAAGGAGAAGCAACAGAGGCAGCAGGAGGAGACGGAGUCCUAUGCACCCCAUGGGUAG